ACGCAGGGACAGCCUACGUGUUUUCCUCAUGAGGUAAAGUGCACUGAGCGUUUCCUCACACGUCUGGUAAUGGACCCACAGCUCCGCAGGUUCUUCCCCUGUGUUUGAGCGACUGUAGAGAGAUAACCAGAGUCUUCUUCACUGCUGUUGAACAUCCUCCUCCUCCUCAUCAUCAUCAGAGCCAGAGAGAAGAGGAAGAUGGGCUGCUGCUCGGCGCGAUGCAUGCUGAUCCUCCUGUGUUGCCUGCAGCUGAUCACAGCGCUGGAGAGGCAGGUGUUUGACUUCCUCGGCUACCAGUGGGCGCCCAUCAUGAUCAACUUCUUCCACGUCAUCGUGGUCAUCCUGGGCCUGUUUGGCGUCAUCCAGUACAGGUCACGCUACGUUAUCAUGUACCUGCUGUGGCUGCUGCUGUGGGUUGGCUGGAAUGUCUUUGUGAGCUGUCUCUACUUGGAUCUGGGAGGGCUUUCAAAGGACAGCGAUGUUCUCUCCCUGGGAGUGUCGUCACAUCGCUCGUGGUGGAAGGACAACGGGCCGGGCUGCGAGAGGAGCGACGGCCUUCCCUCCGAUGGGUGGCAGAACCAGCAGAACCAGCAGAACCCCGAGCUGACCACGGUGCUGAGCUGCUGGCUGGAAUACCAGUACAUAGAGAUCCUGCACUGCAUCGUCCAGCUCCUCGUAUCGCUCCUGGGAUUUGUUUAUGCCUGCUACGUCGUCAGCACUUUCUCAGACGAGGAGGACAGCUUUAAUUUCAUUGGUGAAUUCCAUCAUCCAUCCAAACCCUCUCAGUUGCUCUUCUACUGACCUGCUGACUAUAAAUAACCACAAGAAAUGGUUGAAGAAGAGCCGGACAGAAGGGGAAACAACUGAAGAUCAUGAAGUUGCUUUUGCCUGCUUGUCAAAUAAAAUAUCACUGGAAAGUUAGUGUACACAUUGUUUAGAGUCAAGAGGGGAGUUAUCAGUAUAUUACUAUAUGAUGUGUUUUUCCUCCGACCCCUAAAUGCUGUAAAGCUAAAUGUAAAUCUACCUCUGCGUGUGUGUGAGUGAGUGUGCAUGUGUGAAUGAAAGCGAUAGUAAUCACUGGAUAUUAAGCACUCGAGUACAAAAGAAAAGUGUGUAUUAAAAAGAUGUAAAUAAGUAGCUCAUUUUUAAAAUGUUUUUUUAAUGCAUAAUUUAAUAAUGUGUAAUUUUAGUGUUAAAACUACCCACCACAACUUACCAUGUGUACCAUGAAAUAAACCACGUCCACAAUACAGUUUGUAUCGAGGUGCUGUACACAGUAGUUUAUUAAUAAACAUUUACAAGAUAUGUAA